GGCAAUUCGAGCUGACGACACCGUAGCUUCAGUGAACCGAAACUUGAUCUUGUGCAUUGCGCGAAAGACCAUAUCAGCUGUCGCACCAAUCAUACGCUAGCUGACUGACCGCGCCUGAAGGCCAUCCGUCAUUGCUCUGGCUCUUUGUAUCUGCGCGUCGCUAGCGAAUUAUGUCUUCAAUGGAGGGAACACCGAUGCUGCGACUCAUCAUUGUCCUGUCAUUUGUCUUGGCCUGCGGCUUCCUACUCGUCAUCCUCUCAUGCGCGCUCUGGGAUAACUGGUACCCACUAUUCGUUGUCGCGACAUACCUCUGCGCGCCGCUCCCCAACGCCAUCGCAGCGAAAGUAGCAGAAUCAGAUGCAUUUGGUGGAGGCGGCGGCUAUGGCGACGAAGGCAGCAGUGCCGCAGUCGACUUUGGCAAGUUCCUGACCGGUAUUUUGCUUGUCACCGGCAUGGCACUGCCCGUGAUGCUUUACCAUACAGGCGAAAUCAAUCAAGCUGCUAUGAUCAUGUCUAUUUGCGGAGGAGGCUUGAUUUAUGGCAGUAUCAUUGCCUACACGUCUUUCUUCAGUCCAAGGGAGGAUUUUUAGAGUAGGGGCCUUUGUCGUUGGCGUCGCUUUCAUUGACCUUUGGUUCAUUUGAUCAGGAUUUGGCGACGUUGACCUGGCCCGUGUCUUGCUUAGCAGUUCAUCUGCUGUAGGUAUCAUAUAGACAAUCUGACGUGACUUUGGA